AUGGCCUCAGUCGGCCCAGAGCUCCCACCUCAUCUUGCGAAGCGCAAGCGUUCAGAAGAGGGAUAUGAUACUGUAGACGUUCCGCAUAAGCGACAACGCAGCUCAUCUCCUCACACAAAAACCCGCCGUGUGGUAGGCCCUGCAGCUCCACCAGCUCCCCUUUCAGAAAGACCAACCACGCCCCAAGGGUCAGAUGCAGAUAGUAGCGACUCGGAUGACGAUUUCGGGCCCUCCCUACCCCCCCCGCCAGGCUCAAUACGUCAAGAGACAGAAAGGAAGCGCCAGGAAGCGCUUGCUGAGGACGAAGCAGCUCGGGAAGCCUCCAAAAGGCCUCAGCGAGAAGAAUGGAUGCUCUUGCCCCCAAAACAGGAUGACUGGUCCGCUCGCGCUGACCCCACUAAACUCAAGAAUCGCAAAUUCAAUACAGGGAAAGGCUCCAAAGCGCCAGCUCAGAAAGGUGGCAGUGAGAACACACUUUGGACAGAGACGCCAGAGCAGAAGCGGCAACGUCUCGAAGACGAAGUGAUGGGCGUGAAGAAGCCUGCGCAGCUGGGGCCCGAGGAUAAGACGGACAAAUGGAGGGAGGAGGAAGCGAGGGAAACAGAAAGAAGGAUACGGGAAUACAACGAGAAAAAUAGGAACACGUCGUUGUACAAUGAGCAUAAGAAGGUCACGCCGAAGGAGAAGGAGGAUGAUCCGAGUGCGAGGGCGUUCGAUAAGGAGAAGGACAUGGGAAUGGGGAUGAAGAUUGGACAUGCGCAGAAAAGGGAGCUGCUCAACAAAGCUAAGGACUUUGGAUCCAGGUUCGAGAAGGCCAACUACCUAUGA